AUGCAGCAUCGACGUCGCCUCCCACGCCCGACAUCGUUUCCAUUGCCGCAUCCCCCCCCCCCCCCCGCUCGCAAUUCCCGUCGCCAUGGGCUCGCUGUUCGUCGAACCCCUCCCCUCUCCUACGCCGUCCGUGUGGUCCCUGGUUUCGCUGCUGACCGACGCAGCAGCCGUGAGAUGGACCCCUCCAUCGAGUCCUCCCUCGACACCCAAGGCCUCGCCAACGAGCAGCGCGGCCUGUUGGACCUCAUCGAUAAGCUGCAGUUCGCCCGGCUUGAAAAUGUCAAGCUGCCCCAGAUCGUCGUCGUCGGUGACCAGUCGGCCGGCAAGAGCUCCGUCCUCGAAGCCCUCACGGGAACGCCCUUCCCUCGAGAUGCCGGCGCCUGCACCCGGUUCGCGACGGAGAUUCGCAUGCGGCGGGCCCAGCAGACGACGCUCAAGGUGUCCAUCAUCCCCGACAAGAGCCGUCCGUGGAACGACCAGGCCAAGCUGCUGCAGUACGGCGCCAGCCUCACCGGCGACGUCUCCUUCCAGACCAUGAUGAGGGACGCGACCGAGCUCAUCGCCCCCCGCCACCUUCCCGGCCGCUUCGCCGCCCGCGACAUUCUCGUCGUCGAGAAGAGCGGGCCGGACAUGCCGCUCCUCACCCUCGUCGACCUCCCGGGCCUCGUCCGGGUGGCGAACCGCGACCAGUCCGAGGCCGACAUCCAAACCAUCGACGCCCUCUCGGAGCGCUACAUGAGGAGCUCCCGGACCAUCAUCCUCGCCGUCGUCGGCGGCAACAACGACUACGUCCAAGCCCCCAUCCUGAAAAAGGCCCGCCGCUUCGACCCCAAGGGAUCGCGCACCAUCGGCGUCCUCACCAAGCCCGACAUGACGGAGCGCAUCGGCCUCGAGGCCAAGUUCAUCGACCUCGUCAUGAACAAGGACAAGGAGAACAGCUGCAAGCUCGGCUGGUACGUCCUCCUGAACCCCGGUCCCGGCGAGCGCUGGCUCGCCGACGAGGACCGCGCCCGGCACGAGGCCGACUUCUUCACCCGCGGCCGCUGGUCCGAUCUGCCCCCCCAGAUGUGGGGCGUGGCCGCUCUCCGCCAGAAGCUGAGCGCGCAGCUCCAGAGGCACAUCGGCAAGCACGUCAGGACGCUGCGGCGCCAGAUCCAGCAGGCCCACGAGACGUGCGAGGCCCAGCUCCGGGCCAUGGGCGCCGCCAAGGACACCAUCGAGGAGAUGCGCUUUCAGAUGGGCGAGCUCUUCACGAGCUCCAACAACCUCGUCACGCCGGCCGUCAACGGCAACUACAAGAACCCCUUUGGCGAGCGCUUCUUCGCCCGCCAAGGCACUCCCCAGGGCACGCCCCCGCAGAAGCUGCGAGCCCGCGUCCGCGAGGAGACCGAGCGCUUCUCCCGCCUCUUCCGCCAGCAAGGUCGCAGGGUCAACUUUGCCGCCGCCUCCGCCGGUGCCGGUCCGAGCCACUCGGCCGCCGGCCCCGCCGGUUCCCAGGCUGGCCAGUCCAAGCAGGACUUUGCUCGGCACGAGGUUGAGCCGCUCCUGCGUCAGAUCCGCGGCAACGAGCUGCCCCUGGACUCGAACCCGCGCGCGCCCUACAUCCUCUUCCAGGACUACUCUCGGAACUGGCCCACGCUGGCCCGCGAGUACAAGGACAACCUCGGCGUCAUCUGCGUCGAGUUCCUCGGCGAGGUCAUCGACCACGUGUGGCCCCUGCGCAUGCGCGAUCCCCUCCGGUACCAUUUCCUCGACGUCAAGAUGCGCGAGCUCAUGGAGAGCGCCGGCAAGGAGCUCGCCCGGCUGACGGACGACAUGGAGCUCGAGAUUCAACCCUACGAUCCCGAGUACGAGGAACGAUUGAUUCGCUGGCGCGCCGACGCGACGGAGAACGGCGGCACCUACACGGAAGCCGAGGAAGUCCUCGAGAAGAUGCUCAUCUACUACGACCUCACGGCGCGCAUCUUCACGAGGAACGUCAUCACCCAGGUCGUCGAGCGUCACCUGCUGCUCGGCAUGCUCCGCCUCUUCAACCCCAUCGAGAUUCUUCGCAUGGCCGAUGGCACCAUCGAGUCCAUCUCGGCCGAGAACAAGGAGAUGCGCGAUCGUCGCCUGGCGCUCAAGAAGCAGAUGGCAGCCAUCGAAGAGGCCAAGAGCAUCUGUGCCGGCUUAGCCAUGCGCAGCGAUCUGCGUUCCCAUGACGACGAUUCGGACGAGGAUGUGGACACGGACGGCGGCGAGGAGAUGACGACGACGAAUACGCCUAUCCACACCCCGCUUGCGCCGGUGCCUGUUUCAAACCCGUAUCAACCGGAACGCCUCGAGCCAAAAGAGUCGCAUCGCGUGGAUGUGAACUACCAGGUGCCUCGCAAAUGGGACUCGACCCACGAUGCCUACGACGCAGGUUCACGUGAUGGGCCGCCCAUUCAGCCGCCCCCACCACCGCCUCGUCCCCAGAAGGUCGAUAUUGACAAUGCCGAACGGCAAUACAGAGCCGAGGGCGGCUACAGGACGGAGAGAACGGAGGGCAGCCUUCCGAACCAGAAACAUACCACCCGGCAGAAGCUGGCCUCUGCUAUGAGACUUGGAUCCCAGGUCUGA